AUGUUGGAUGUUCGAAGUUCACUUGACUAUUGCAUGGUUACAACUUUAUCAGCAUUCAUCUUUCGAUUUCUAUCCUUAAUAGAAAUACAACAUCAAAGAUCAAAAACAUUGUUUCUGCAAUUGUGCUUAUUGUUUGUCAAUGGCAUAUUUUCUGACUUCAUCUCCCACUUUUCCACUUCCAAACAAGGAUGCCCAUGGGUUGAUGAAAAGGAUGAUUUUGGAGUAGUUGGUAUGCACCAUGUUGGCAUUCUUUGUGAAAACCUUGAAAGAUCACUUGAUUUUUACCAGAACAUACUAGGUCUGGAGAUAAAUGAGGCAAGGCCACAUGACAAGCUUCCCUAUAGGGGUGCAUGGUUGUGGGUUGGCUCGGAGAUGAUUCAUUUGAUGGAGCUUCCAAAUCCUGACCCAUCAACUGGGAGGCCUGAACAUGGUGGUCGUGAUCGUCAUACUUGUAUUGCCAUUCGGGAUGUGUCUAAGCUUAAGGAUAUCCUUGACCGAGCAGGUAUACCAUAUACCCUCAGUCGAUCUGGAAGACCUGCAAUUUUCACUAGAGAUCCAGAUACCAACGCACUAGAAUUCACGCAAGUCUAAUUGUGCAUUAUACUUAAUUUUCUGUUUUGAUUCCUUGAUAUAUAUAUAGG